ACUACGGGAAAGAAAAAGAAAUGGCCAGCUCUCAGACACUGCUGACCUUCAGGGAUGUGGCCAUAGAAUUCUCUCAGGAGGAGUGGGGAUGCCUGAAUCACAGUCAGAGGGAACUGUUCAGGGAUGUGAUGUUAGAGACCUAUGGACACCUCCUCUUCUUGGGUCUCAUUGUAUCAAAACCAGACCUGGUCAUCGUUUUGAAGCAAGAGAAGGAGCUGUGGGGUGUGAAGAGAAAGGAGACAGUAGCCUCACACUCAGGUAGAUGGAAGUGAAGCACAUGACACACGUGAGGUCCAAAUGUGAAGGAGGAAGAUAGAUCUUAAAAUUUUGUUCAUGUAGCUCUCCUUGAAUGGAAAUUCAUUUGCAAAGCCAAGUUUUAUGUCUUUCCCUCUCACAGAGGGACAUCUGCUAACUAACAAAUCAUGCUUUUUGAUUCUUCAAGGAUUCUCCUUCAGCUCCAGGGAAGGUCCGCCAUAACCACGGUAAAGACCUCCAUAAUC